AUGGCACCAAAUAGUUACGCCACCGAUAUCUUGAAUAUUCGAUGUCCUAAUAAUAAAGAAAAUGUAUUAGAAGAAAAUAUAGUAUCUGAUGAUUCUGAUAAUGAUCAUGAAAUUAGUGAACCUGAGGCAGACACAGAGCAGAGAUUUGAUAAAGUAGAACAAGAAAUUCCUAUUAUCUCUCUACUGCUACGGAAGGAUAAAUUAGAAAAUUUUGCCACUAGUUACAAGGAUAAUAUGGUAAACGAAGCUCGCUAUUAUUCUAACAAAUAUCACAGACAGGCCUUGUUUGAAAUAAUUCAGUUAUUUUUCUUGCUCAUAGAUUUAAAAUAUGUUUGGUAUCAGGAGUGUUACAGGAGAUAUGGAAAUUCGGAAGUAUUAACAGAUAAAUAUGAUAGUUCUCACCAGGUAGUAGAAUGCUUAUCGGAAUUCAAAAAUAUAAUAAAACGAUUUUCCCAAAGUUUUUCCGUGCUAAGAGAUACAAAUGCAAAGCGUUCUCCUCACGUUACUCCUAACGCAAGCGAAGAUGACCCAUUCUUUCCAGCUCCAAAUUACAAGCUUCCCGAAAAUAUCACAAAGCAUUUAGCCAAUACCAAAAAAUAUUUUGCCACGGAUGAUACAGGAAGUGAUGACACCGAUUUAGAUAAUUCCAAAGAUGAAGAUGACCAGAAAGCUACGAUAGAUUUUUGUCUCUCCUGUAAGAAUGAUCGUGACAAAGUUACAUUGGUUCAAGAGCAUCCUCUUUUUAAAGGUCACAUUUGCUCAGAAUGUCAGGAUGAAAUGUUGCAAUGCAUCACGAUCCAACAUUACGACGAUGUUUAUGCCUACUGCGCCAUUUGCUUCGAGGGCGGAAGUAUGUUCGUGUGUUCGAAACAAAAAUGUUUGCGAUCUUAUUGUGUAAAAUGUUUAAAGUCUCUAAUAGACCAAACUCCAGAUUUUAAACAAAUAGAAGAAAACGAUGACUGGAUCUGUUUUUUGUGUUCACAAACUACUUUAGGAUUGUUGCAACCAAGGAAUGAAUGGAGAGAAAAUUUACUGAACCUGUUUAUGCCUAAAAAACCUAACAUGGAAUUGAUAGAUAAGUCACAUUUCACCGUACUACAUCCGAUUCGCGUAUUAUCACUCUUCGAUGGAAUUAGUUCAGGCAGAUAUGCCCUCGAGCAGUUGGGAUUCGACAUAGACAAAUAUUUUGCCUCGGAAAUUGACAAAGACGCGAUUCUCAUAUCAACCAUUCACGGGAAUUCUCAAACCAUAUAUUUGGGAGAUGUGACAAAAAUGACUGAAAAAACGAUAGAGGAACUCUGUCCUAUAGAUCUAUACAUAGGAGGCUCUCCGUGCAAUGACUUAGCUUUAGUUAAUCAUAUGAGAAAAGGACUGUGGGAUGGUACAGGACAACUAUUCUUCGAAUAUUAUAGAAUCCUGAAUUUGAUAAGGAGAUUUAAUAGGAACAAAUCAGGAGAUGUCAUACCAUUUUUUUGGCUCUAUGAAAAUGUUCUGAAGAUGGAAAUUAAAACGCGUGAUACGAUAUCUAGAUUCCUAGAGUGUGAUCCUGUAGCUAUAAAUGCAGCCAUGUUUUCCCCGCAAAACCGAACUCGAUACUUCUGGGGAAAUGUACCGGGCUUAUAUAGAAAUUGGGAUAACAAAUUAUUAGAACUUCAACACGAUCCGAAUAGCGAAUUUUUGAAAGCUUCUCAUGUAAUAACUCCUCGCACGGGUAGGACAGCUAGUAACCUUAAAGUCAACUCUAUAACAACGAAUAGAAAUAGUGUUCAAAAGAGCGCACUUUGCACAACAAAUUUAGAAUGCGUCUCUCAAGAAGAUAACCUGCUUAAAUGCCCGGUCUACGAUAAUCUAUGGAUCAAUGAAAUCGAAAAAAUUUUUGGAUUUCCGGAACAUUUUACCGAUUAUUGCAAUUUGAGCCCCAUUAGAAGACAAAAACUUUUGGGAAAAGCUUGGUCAAUACCGGUCAUCAUUCAUAUUUUAUCCCCACUUAAAAGAUUUUUUUCUUCUAUUUGUACAAAAGAAAUAUAA